CUGAUGGACAGGGACAACUCGCGGGCGCUCAUCAAGGCCGUCACUUCUCUGUUUCGCGCCGGCGGCCCUUCCGCUUUCUCAGAGCUGACUGCGUCCAUGUCCAGCCUCUUCUGCGGCUACCCAGAAGGCGGCGGCGCGCGUGUGCUUUCCUUCAACUGGUACGAGGACAACAACUACAAGGUGUUCCUGGGGGUCAACAGCAGCCGCGCCCGUGACAACUACGUGUAUGACUACACGACCACCGCCUUCUGCAACAACCUGAUGCAGACGCUGGAGUCAAACCCGGUCACGAAAAUGGCGUGGAAUUCUGUCAAGCCCCUGCUGAUGGGAAAGAUCCUGUACACUCCCGACUCCCCUGCUGUCCGGAAGAUAUUAAAAAGCGCGAACACCACCUUCGAGGAGCUGGAGAGGCUGUACAAUUUGG